AAUUACUUUCUUUUUGCAUUAUCCCCGAGAAACAGGGUGCUCCCGUUGCCCUUGAUAUUGCAAAAGAGAGAGUCAUAUUUUUCUGGGGGAGGUGUCACAGCGCCACAGCGACUAUUUAACACCUAAAUACUAUCAAGAUACCCUGCAUAAUGCAUUAUCCCGCAUUUACUUUACUAUUUGGUUUGGUCUUUGUGACCCUUGGGCUAGCUGUAACGUCCUCCUUGGCAUUGUCAGACCAGGAACUAAACCUCGGGAUUGAUGGGCUGCGUUGUGAUUCGUGUGGGAUGGAAUGUUCUACCGUUUGUGGUUCCAGAGCGUUUCGUACCUGUUGCUUCAACUACAUAAAGAAGAAACGAAGCGGUGGGAGUGACGAGGACAGGAUGAGAGGCAGCAGAGGAGGUGGAGGCAAGUUGAGACGGGGCAGUGGUAGCAACGGAUAUUGGGUGACUGCUGGGGAGUACUUCGAACCACAAAUGCAGGUUGAAGGACCUUGGGCGUGGUUCUACCCACAACAACCACCAAUGCAUCAACCCCCCACUUCCGGAGGUGAUGAUGUUGAACAUGGUAGAAAUAGUAGGACAACGGUGUAAUAAAUAUUUAAGAAAAUGGCAAUCAGCUAUAUACAUACAUACAAAAUGGGAAAAUAGAAAAAUAAGUUGUUUUGAGAGGGGGAGAUUGAGACGCUAGAAAUUAUCCCAACAGUAAAAGUUGGAUGACUUAAUUUACAAUGGACUUUCUUCUCUGUAAAACUAGUAUUUUAUUUAUUUUGUCAGCUACUUGUUAUGUAUUUAAUUAAAUUGUGCUAAAUAUGUCAUGACAAAUAUUAUACUCUGACUUAUGUAAAUAUUUAGCUCGUUAUCAUCAAUAUGAUCAAUAUGAAAUUGCAAUACACUUAAACUGUAUUAUUUAGAAGUGAAGAAUACAAAAUUUUUAAUAUGUGUA